AUGAGCUUGAAGGAGGAGCCCACCGCCAGUAGAGAAAUAAGCGCUUCUGAAGAGAGUCCUUCGCGAUGGAGCCAAUUCAAAGAUUCCUUUAAAAGGGCCGAGGAAGCAGAAGUAACGUCAAAGAGCUCAUUCAGCGAUCUCGAGGCCAACUCCUCCGGGUCAGAAGGUGAUUUACAUCGUGACUUGAAAAACAAACAUAUACAAAUGAUUGCUCUUGGCGGGUCGAUAGGUACCGGUUUGUUGAUUGGUUCGGGUUCGUCGUUGAGCCAAGGAGGGCCCGCCAGUUUGAUAAUUGCCUGGGGAUUAGUGGGGACUAUGGUGUUUUGUGUUAUACACUCUUUGGGGGAAUUGUGUGUUGCUUUCCCCGUUAAUGGUGCUUUUUCCACCUACGCAACUAGGUUCAUAGAUCUGUCAUGGGGUUUUGCUGUGGGCUGGAACUAUGCCAUUAUGUGGUUGUUUGUGUUGCCUUUGGAAUUGGUUGCCGCGGCAAUGUGCAUUACCUAUUGGAAUGAUAGUAUAAACCCAGCUAGUUGGGUUGCCAUAUUUUAUGUCUUUAUUUUCGGAGUUAAUUUAUUUGGUGUCAAGGGUUAUGGAGAAGCUGAGUAUUACUUGACAAUCCUCAAAAUAAUAGCCAUUGUUGGGUUUAUAAUAUUAGGUGUCGUACUUGUGUGUGGAGGUGGCCCCACCCAUGAAUUCAUUGGAGGAAAAAACUGGCACGUUGGAAAAGGCGCUUUUGCUAACGGUUUCAAAGGAGUUGCAACUACAUUUGUUACCGCAUCUUACUCCAUGGCAGGCUCAGAAAUGGUGGGGCUUGCUAGUGCUGAAACGAGAAAUCCAAGAGAAACACUACCCAAAGCAAUCCGUCAAGUAUUUUGGAGACUUAUAUUGUUUUACUUUCUUUCAUUGACAAUGAUUAGUUUACUCGUGCCUUACACCUCAUCCGAUUUACUUGGUUCCGGUACAUCAUCAACCUCACCGUUUGUCAUCGCCAUUAAAAACGGAGGAAUCUAUGCAUUGCCUUCAAUUUUCAAUGCCUGUAUCCUAAUUUCAAUUCUUUCAGUAGGAAACUCGGCAGUAUUUGGCUGUUCACGUACGGUACAAUCCUUGGGCCUCCAAGGCUUGGCUCCUCCAAUUUUUGCCUACGUUGAUAGGAAAGGCCGGCCAUUGGGAGGAUUAGCCCUUUCAGCAUUAUUUGGUUUACUUUGCUUCCUUGCUGCCUACAAAAAUCAAGGCACUGUUUUCGAUUGGCUUCUAAGCGUGGCAGGGCUUGCAACUAUAUUCUCCUGGUUUAACAUUGCAUUGUGCCACUUUCGUUUUAGACAAGCCAUGCGUGCACAAGGAAGAUCGUUGGAAGAGUUGACAUUCACCUCAAUCACAAGCAUUUUUGGCUCAAUCUACGCAAUGGGAUUCUUGCUCGUGGUUUUGGGUAUCCAAUUUUGGACGGCGUUAUUCCCAAUUGGGUCGAAAAACGCCAAUGCAGAGCAUUUUUUUCAAAAUUACUUGGGGGCUGUUGUUAUAUUGGUUUUCUAUAUUGGUCAUAAGUUAUAUGCUAAAAACUGGAAAAUUUGCAAAACAUUGCAUGAAAUUGACCUUGACACCGGCAGAAGACAAGUUGACUUGGUCUUGCUCAGAGCUGAACUCGAGGAAAAGAAAAUCAUAAAUAAACUGAAACCACUUUACAAACGGAUUUGGAAUUACUGGUUUUAG